AAAGGCGCGUGCCUGAUGACGCAGUCACUCUUUUUGCCGAGUAUCAUGGGAAAAUAACAUAGCAGGCUAGCACGCGCAGGAAGAGAGGAGAAGAACCGACACCUCCGCGGAACGAAACUAUUCCCUUGUCGGCUUGUUGGAUAUUUAGCGUGUGUCGCUGUCGAGCGAGUUCGCGGAAGAGGUCAGCAUCGUUCCUGCUUCAGAUACUAAAGCCCGUCGAGAUUACAUUCAGAAGAUAAGCAGAAACUUUAUCAAGCGAGGUUACAGUCGACGGCGGUGUAAAUAUGAGUUACAAGCCGAUCGCCCCCGCACCCACCGGCUCCAACCACACGCCACCAGGAUCAUGUGGCUCAUCUCCAUCACUGGCUUCCUCUUCUAACUUUAGACCAGCAUUUAGUGACUUUGGUCCACCAUCAAUGGGCUUUGUACAACCUGUUAAAGUGUCACAGGGAUCUACCUAUAGUGAGCUGCUCUCUGUCAUUGAGGAGAUGAGCCGUGAAAUUCGUCCUACCUAUGCUGGCAGCAAAAGUGCCAUGGAGAGGCUGAAGAGAGGUAUCAUCCACGCACGUGCUCUUGUCAGGGAGUGUCUAGCGGAGACAGAGCGAAGUGUUCGCACAUAACAUCCACACACACGCACCCUCCCUCUGGUACUUGUCUUAUCUUGCCCUAUUGGUCUGCAUGCUCCUUCUCUUUGCCAAGCUAUUACAACACCAUGUCUUUCUAUCUUUCUUAAUGACCUUUUUCCAUCAUGCAUAGCCAUCUCCCCGUUGUACACCUCAUGUAGUGUAAAUGCGAUUAGCAUAUCAGUUUUUUAAGCCCAAUUUUUGCAAUUCUGUAUUUAAAUAAAAAAACAAACAAACAAAAAA